AUGGCAGCACCCCCCUCACCCCGACACGGCUGCUCACACUGUGACCAGGACCUCAAGGUGGCUGAGCCGCCUUUUCAGUCCGAGGCAGCUAACGUCCUGGAGGGUGACUCCAUGGACCAGGAUGUUGAGAGCCCUGUGGCCAUUCACCAGCCAAAGUUGCCUAAGCAGGCCAGGGACGACCUGCCAAGACACAUCAGCCGAGACCGGACCAAAAGGAAAAUCCAGAGGUAUGUGCGGAAAGAUGGAAAGUGCAACGUCCACCAUGGCAAUGUGAGGGAGACCUAUCGCUACCUGACAGAUAUCUUCACCACCUUAGUGGACCUCAAGUGGAGAUUCAACCUGUUGAUUUUUGUCAUGGUUUACACAGUGACGUGGCUCUUUUUUGGAAUGAUCUGGUGGCUAAUUGCAUACAUCCGAGGAGACAUGGACCACAUAGAGGACCCUUCAUGGACUCCCUGUGUCACCAACCUCAACGGGUUCGUUUCUGCUUUUUUAUUCUCCAUAGAGACAGAAACCACCAUCGGUUAUGGCUAUCGGGUCAUCACGGACAAGUGCCCAGAGGGAAUUAUUCUGCUCUUAAUCCAAUCCGUGUUGGGGUCCAUUGUCAAUGCAUUCAUGGUGGGAUGCAUGUUUGUAAAAAUAUCGCAACCCAAGAAGAGGGCAGAGACCCUGGUUUUCUCCACCCACGCGGUGAUCUCCAUGCGGGAUGGGAAACUGUGCCUGAUGUUUCGAGUAGGGGAUCUGAGGAAUUCCCACAUCGUGGAGGCUUCUAUCAGAGCCAAGUUGAUCAAAUCCAAACAGACCUCGGAGGGGGAGUUCAUCCCCUUGAACCAGACAGACAUCAAUGUAGGGUAUUACACUGGGGAUGACCGUCUCUUUCUGGUGUCACCACUCAUCAUCAGCCACGAAAUUAACCAACAGAGUCCUUUCUGGGAGAUCUCCAAAGCCCAGCUGCCCAAAGAGGAACUGGAAAUUGUGGUCAUCCUAGAAGGAAUGGUGGAAGCUACAGGGAUGACGUGCCAAGCUCGAAGCUCCUACAUCACCAGUGAGAUCCUCUGGGGGUACCGGUUCACCCCUGUCCUGACACUGGAGGACGGGUUCUACGAAGUCGACUACAACAGCUUCCACGAGACCUAUGAGACCAGCACCCCAUCUCUCAGUGCCAAAGAGCUGGCCGAGUUAGCCAGCAGGGCCGAGCUGCCCCUGAGCUGGUCCGUCUCCAGCAAACUGAACCAACACGCAGAACUGGAGACUGAGGAGGAAGAAAAGAACCCUGAGGAGCAGACAGAGAGGAACGGUGAUGUGGCGAAUUUAGAGAACGAAUCCAAAGUUUAG